AUGGCCACCAAGCAUGCUUCAGAUGCAGUUGCCGGAGCUAAGCAGCGUGCGGAGGAUCCUCCGGGGCUCUCACAAGCUAAAGCAUUGGUCCCCCGCUAUCCCAUGAACCGCACCACAUCCGCUACUACAUGUGUGCGUCAUGGAUAUCGAUACCCGACUACGUUUCAGGUUCGCAAAACAUCCCACCACACCCAGAACCUGGACGCAUGA